UCAACCUCAACUCUGUGAGCUGGCUAACAGUAACGGUAACUAAUCUGGUAUCUGGACCCCAGUCCACUUUUUCCUGACUAACCUGUAUUGGUAACUUAAACAUUUUGUGACAAGCGGGAAACAUUGAAGUCUUGUCGUUCCGACAGAUAAACCAAGGCAAUGGGUUGAUUGAAUAAACCUAGUCUGCAAAAUAAGGACUGAAUGGAUUAUCCUGACCAGAUUGUUAAUGAAGAUGAAGCAACAUUCCUCUCAAAAUGGAUUUGGGUUCAGUGUGAGUCUCCAAACUGUCUGAAAUGGAGGCUCAUUUCCAAACAUGAUAAAUUGGACCUGGAUGAGCCAUGGUUCUGCCACAUGAACCCUGACCCGUGUUUCAGCCAAUGCAUAGUACCUCAGUCUUCAAACUACAAGGACUCCACCCUCAGACAAAAGGGCCUCAAGGUCAUCUACUCCAAAUUACCUGCUGGAAGCUUGGUUCUGGUAAAAGCCAGUAAAUGGCCAUUGUGGCCAGCAAUACUGAGCGCCGACCCCUCUUAUGAUGAGUAUGUGACUUAUGAUGAAGAUGGGGACGUGGAGCAGUACCAUGUGGAAUUUCUUGGAACUCCACACUCAAGAUUUUGGGCACUAGCACCCAAAGUAGAGCCCUUCCGUCCACUACCAGCUAAUGCCAAAUGUUUGAAGGGUGUCUUAAAGCAAUCCUAUAAAAUUGCUAUGGAGGAAGCAAUGGGCAUUCAAGACAUGUCUUGUGAAGAGAGGCUCCAGUUGUGUCACUUUAAGCCAGAAGAGUGUGGGAUCCAGUUAAUGAAAACCUGUGUUAGUGCAGUGCUUUUCCAGGCCAAAGGAUUAAUGCAGUCAAUAGAGAAGAUGAUAACAGAUUGCGCUGUGGAGACCAAAUCAAAGCACAGUAGCACCACCAAGAGGCAAGGCAAGAUGAAGGUUAAUCAGGAAACAAGUGACGGAAGCAUUAUGGACAUUGGUGACACUUUGUUCGUUGAGGGAUUCAGAUUUGAGAGUGCAGCUUCUGUGGAGGAAUUAAGACAGCUGAAUAACAGAGAUCUGACUAAAGAGCUAUAUGCCCGUUAUUGAAACCCCAGAAAACCAGUCUUGAUUCAAAUGUUUUAAUACUCAUCUUAAUGUCAGUCUUGAUUUAAAUGUUUUAAUGCUCAUGUUAAGUUACACACAUUUCCUUCAUAUAUUUAUAAUUUAUACUGUAGUACACCCUCUCGUUAUGUUUCCAAGAUUACAUUUGUUUAUUACAUUGGAAAAUGGUGUCAUUAUGCAGCUUUGUUUAAAGCAAACAUUUAAACUUUUACUUUGUUUUAGCUAUUUCUGAUAUGUAUAUAAAAAAGCUGUACACUGUAUGACUGCAGUUCUAUGAUGCUCAAUAUUUAAAUUCUUUACCUUUAGGAAUUUCAUCUAAAUUAAAUUGUUGUACUUGUUUUACAGCAGUGUCUCCCUCCAGAGUCUAAGAUGCUUAAUACUAUUGUGCAUUAUUGUAGCACUGUAUCUGCAAUCACAAGUUGUUAUACUUUAUUUGUAGUCAUUCUUCCACAGAAAAAGUGAAUAUUAAAGUUGUUUUAUAUAGAGAACACAUCGUCGUUUUUUUUAUG